ACACAUGGCCUAGCUGGACCAAAAGUAACACACCACAAGUGUUACUGUAGCAAAUUUAAAACAGAUUAGGAUUACAACUACUCCAUUUGUUUAAACAUAUCAUAAUUACACACACCAUGUUGUUUACCAAGAUUCUCUCAGUUCAAGAAAAUAAUAAUGAGUAGGUUACCCCAAAAGGACCCCACCUUUAUAGUGUUUAACAAAACAGAAAUAAAGGUCUUUGGGUAGAGAGAUAUUUGAUUGUGUGUUUUUGCAGUAACCUUCCAACCACGUGCACACCUCAUUGACCCCUUGAUUUUUGCAGGUAUUUUAGGGUUCAUUUUUGGAAUCUUGUGGUGGGUUUAAUGUCAAGUGGGUGGUUCUUCUUUGUGUUUGUGGAGGGGUUGACCUAAAUUUCAAAAAUUUUCAAGUGGGUUAGGAUCUUUUUGUUCACUUCUUCAUUCUGUAAUGUGGGUUUUCUUUGAUUGAUUGAAAGAUUAGGGUUUUGAGGGCCCAAUUUGUGUUUCUUGAUUCUUUAAAGUUGAACAUUGUGGUUUGAGGGUUUGAUUUUGUUUUGAAAGUAGCAAAAAUGGCUUGUAUGAAAUUGGGAUCCAAAGCAGAUGCGUUUCAGAAAAAAGGCCAAGCUUGGUUUUGCACAACCGGUCUUCCAAGCGAUAUUGUUGUUGAAGUGGAGGACAUGUCUUUCCAUCUUCAUAAGUUUCCUUUGCUUUCAAGAAGUGGGGUUAUGGAAAAAUUGAUAGCAGAUGCAUCCGAGAAAGGAGACGCAAAUUGUACCAUAAACCUCAAAGACAUUCCGGGCGGGGCCAAAACAUUUGAACUUGUUGCAAAAUUCUGUUACGGAGUAAAACACGAAAUCACCGCCUCAAAUGUAGUACACCUCCGUUGUGCCGCCGAGCAUCUAGAAAUGACUGAACAGUAUGGCGAGGACAACUUAAUUUCACAAACCGAAAUCUUUUUUAAUCAAGUCGUUCUUAAAAAUUGGAAAGAUUCAUUAAAAUGCCUCCAAACAUGUGGCGAUGAAAAUAUUAUCCCUCAUGCUGAAGAGCUUAACAUUACAAAACGGUGUAUAGAGUCGUUGGCGGUCAAGGCGAGCACCGACCCGAAUUUGUUCGGUUGGCCCAUGAUUGACCAUGGUGGGCCCAUGCAGAGCCCGGGCGGUAGUUUGUUGUGGAAUGGUAUAAGCACCGGGGCCCGUCCUGUAAAUCUGAGCUCGGAUUGGUGGUUUGAUGACGUUUCGUCUUUGACUUUACCUCUUUACAAAAAGUUGACUUUGGCAAUGGAAGCUCGCGGAAUUAAACAAGAAAUCAUAGCAGGCUCGCUUGAGUAUUAUGCAAAGAAGUAUUUACCAGGGUUAAGUCGCCGGAAAAGUUCUCAGAUGGGCCCGACCGCAAUCGAUCCGCCACCGGAAGAAGACCAAAAGAUUUUACUCGAGGAAAUUGACUGUUUACUUCCGAUGCAAAAAGGGCUCGUCUCAACGAAGUUUUUAUUCGGGCUUUUACGAACCGCUUUGAUUCUUCGGGCUAGCCCGUCUUGCAUAUCAAAUUUGGAAAAAAGAAUUGGGAUGCAGCUUGAUCAGGCAACCCUUGAAGAUUUAUUAAUGCCGAAUUUUUCUUAUUCGAUGGAAACGUUGUAUAAUUUUGAAUGCGUGCUGAGGAUGGUUCAACAUUUUAUGGCUAUUGAUCAAGCAACAGGUGGUGCGUCUCCUUGUUCUAUCGAGGAUGAACACUUGUUGGGUUCACCAUCUCUGACACCUGUCACCAUGGUGGCUAAGCUAAUUGACGGUUACUUGGCGGAAGUUGCACCUGAUGUUAAUUUAAAGCUUACAAAAUUCAUGUCUCUUGCUGAGGCUGUUCCCGAGUAUGCUAGACCGAUGGAUGAUGGCUUGUAUCGUGCAAUUGACAUAUAUUUGAAGUCUCAUCCAAUGCUAGCCGAUUCGGACAGAGAAGAACUCUGCAGGCUCAUGGAUUGCCAAAAACUAUCAUUAGAAGCGUGCACACACGCAGCACAGAACGAAAGAUUACCCUUAAGAAUCAUAGUCCAAGUUCUUUUCUUUGAGCAGUUGCAGCUCCGGACUUCCAUAGCCGGUUGUUUCUUGGUCUCAGACAAUCUCGCAGACGGGUCACGACAAUUCAGAAGCGGGUUGGGUGCAGCGUCACAGGAAGGCGGUUGGAACACGGCUGUGAGAGAGAAUCAAGUUCUGAAAGUGGGUAUGGAUAGCAUGAGAAUGAGGGUAUCCGAGCUUGAAAAAGAGUGUUCGGACAUGAAACAGGAGAUUGAAAAACUGGGUCGGGUUAAGGGCGGCACUGGCGGCGGCAGUACUUGGAGUAACGUGUCGAAGAAGUUUGGGUUCAGACUCAAGUCUCAAAUGUGUAGUGCACAAGAGGGAAGUGUUAGCAAGCAAGAUAAUGCAAGUGGGAAGGUUGAAAAGGGUAGAGGGAAGCAACAUAAGCACAAGAAAAAUUUGUCUUGGGAUGAGUAGAAUUGGAAAAUAAAAUAUUAAAUUUGAAAAAUAUUUGUAUGUUUAUUAGCUAUUUUGACUUUAAUGUUGUGUGGUCAAAGUCUGUUCUAGGAAGAGGUAAAAAAUAUAUUUGGUUAGUUUUUGUGUUA